AUCCGUAUUCCUUCAUUCCAUAUAAAUGUGUAGCUAUUUCUCCUAUGCAUCUCUUCGGAGAAAGUGUGUAAAAUCGUCCGAGGAUAUUCCGAGUAGCGCCGAUACAUGUGUAAUCACAGGUGUAUGUAAGGCGGUUGGCUUGGAGAACGUCACACAGGUAAAAAGACACACUGGUUCCUCCUAAAAUCACAUGGUACUUAUACCCCAAAUGGUUGAGGAGGUGGUUAUAUGACCAAUCAAAAUUCAACAUGGCCCCAACAACAUUAAGUCAGAGACCAGCACUCUUCAUUAAAGGGAUCGUACAAAACCCUAGCCAUCUGUUCCGGAGUGUUAUCAUCCUCUGUUUAUUCCUGAUGCUACUUCUGAUGUAUCAGAAAUCCAUGUGUCCUAAACAGAAGCAGAACUACAUAUGUAUAGAAGAUCCAGAACUGCUGAAGCUGUCUGGUUUAGAGAAGGUAGAAUUUCUACCGUUCAACGGUGCAACACCUCAAGAUUGUCUGACUAAAGUUUCGCUACGUGAGUCACUUCUCAGCAGUGAUGAACAGAGUCGUUCUGAACAAUGUGUGAAGAACUAUGAAAAAGACUUCAAGUCCGCUCAUGAAUUAUUUUGGUAUGGUGAUAACCAGUAUAUACGCCAUAAGCACCAUAAAUAUCUGACCAAUCAGAGCCUGAUCUUGGAUAUUGGCGGCAAUGUUGGGGAGGACGCAGAGUAUUUGAUUCAGCACUACAAUCCGAAGAAUUACGUGGUUCUGGAACCGCUGAAGCUUCUUUACAGAAACCUUGUGUCAAAGUUUAAACACAGACGUAAUGUCAUAACCUAUAAUGUCGGAUUAAGUAAAAAGAAUGAAGUAUUUAUGUUGAAUAUUGAAGGUCACGAUGGCGAUGCUACUUCACCUUUCUUGGGGAAGACUACCGAUGGUACAUGUUCUCUAAAAGUUGUCAACACGACGGCUUUUCUGACAAAGCUGGGAGUUGGUUGUUAUGACGUCGAUCUAGUGACUAUUAAUUGUGAGGGAUGCGAGUACGAUGUAUUGGAAUCGUUGCUCGCUACAUCACUCAUCAACCAUUUUAAACAUAUCCAGUUUGCCACACAUACAAAGCUACAAUACUUGGUUGAUCCUGUGAAAAGAUACUGUAAGAUUCAGGAACUUCUACAGAGAACUCACAGACUUAGUUAUAGUUACAGAUUUAACUGGGAGACUUGGACCAGGAGGGAUAUCACAGUAUAAACUUAACAAUUACCAGUAACUAGCCUUCCACUAAUUGGUAUACUGAAUCAGUGGUAGAUCCUCAAGAUCUUGAGUUAAAGCUAUAGACUUAUUUUCAUUGAAAUUAAGAUUGAACAACAUUGCCACCAUUUACAUUGUAAGGAUAUAGGUGGGAUUACAAUGAAGUAUAUGUCCUGGAUCUGCCACUAGAAGGCCUUUCAUGAGCUUCCCAUUUAAUUUGAGAACAAGUAUUGGAAACUUUUCAUUUUUACAAGCCUUCAGCUAGCAAGAAGACCACAUCUAGGCUUAGUUUCAACAAACUCAUUUGAAAUAAGAACAAAAUAUAAUAUGCUGGUUGUAUCCCAUUAUCCCAUAAUCAACACCUUGUAUUCGAUUAUUCCCUAUGUAACUUUUUUAUACCCCCUCUUACUAAAUGGGCGUAUAGUUAUCAGUAUACCCCCACCCCACCCCCCAUGUACAGAGGGGGUAUAUAUAAUUCUUAUAAUUAUAGCCCCAUGUACUGAAAGGGUAUAUAGUUAUCAUAAUCAUACACCCAUGUAAUAAAGGGGUAUAUAGUUAUCAUAAUCAUGCACCCAUGUAAUAAAGGGGUAUAUAGUUAUCAUAAUCAUGCACCCAUGUGAUAAAGGGGUAUAUAGUUAUUAUAAUUAUGCACCCAUGUAAUAAAGGGGUAUAUAGUUAUCAUAAUCAUACACCCAUGUAAUAAAGGGGUAUAUGGUUAUCAUUAUAAUUAUACCCCCACUUACAGAGGGGUGUAGUUAUCAUUAUAUCUCAUCCUUGUACUAAAGAGAGUACCUAGUUAUCAUCAAUACCAUGGCAUACUCUUCUACAGUUUAAAAUUAGUAUAUUUUAGUGGUCAUAGGCCAAAUGUCAAAGGUUAUACUUGACCCCUUGUUUGAGGGAGUGGGUAGGUGUGAACCCCCACUCAAUUGAUGAAAUUCUAUAAGUAUAUAUCUCUUAUCUGGGAUAAUCAUUGUGUUUAAAUUUUUGCAUAUACAUGUUUAACUCCCCUGGUGGUAGUUUAUUGUAAUAUGUGUUAUCAUCAUUCUAUGUUGGUUAUUUACAGUUUACACUCUAUUUAUUUAUUCUUGUUUAGUACUUUACUCUAAUAACACUAUUUGUGUAUCCAAUGAUUUAUACUAGAGCUUUGUUAUUUGGCAGCAGAUUAUGUACUAGUCUUUCUUGCUGGUCUCACAGAAAAUUGGUAAUCCCAGCAUUUUUAACUGUUAUAUCACAGAUUAUAGUCUACAAAGUCAUAUGUCAAAAUGGGAAUCUAUUUUGAUCGGUACAAUAUACUUUUCAUUUACACAUCUCCAGCUUUGUUGAAGUACGACUUCCUAGUUUUGUACAAGAAUUAAUCAAUUCAAUGCCUAUGCUAAACAGUGCUUGUAAAAUUUCAGCAUACAGCUGUUUCCUUUUUCUAGGACUCGUCAUUAAUGUUUGUUACCAGUAUUUGUUGUUUAUUUUUAAACAAAUUGUGCCUUACAGUGUAUAGACGAGUUCCUGCUUUACCUCGUGCUUUAUAGGGUAGAGUUUGUUUGUACGCAUGUACUAAUAUAAAUCACUUAGAGAUUUCACGAAACACUUUAUUUCGCGAAGUUACCUCUUCAGAAAUAUUCGUGAAUACAUGGUUUCGCGAAUGCUGAUCUAGAUAUAACUUUAAAUUCGUGAACAAUGAGUCUGAAGAGUGCUGGACUCAGACUCCUACAGUGUUACUGAUAGUUUGGCCGCCAUCCAGGUGUUAUUUUAGUACUCGGACCCCUACAGCUUUACUGAUAGUUUGGCCGCCAUCCAGGUGUUAUUUUAGUACUCGGACCCCUACAGCAUUAUUGAUAGUUUGGCCCGCCAUCCAGGUGUUAUUUUAGUACUCGGACCCCUACAGCUUUACUGAUAGUUUGGCCGCCAUCCAGGUGUUAUUUUAGAACUAAUAAUCGCAAAGGAUUUGAAUUCGUGAUUGACUCUCCUAUUAACACGAAAAUGAAUCCUGCGCGGAAUAAAGUGAUUUACAGUUAUAGAGUCUUAACUACCCAUGCAAGGCUUUAUUUAUGGUGUAAAAGUGAAGGUUGUGUGGCCCUGUCCCCGAUAGUUACAUGUAUACAUAAUUACGGACAUUUUGUGACCUAUUGUUAUAAACACUACCUCCCCUGGGGACUGAGAGGCUAUGUAAGGAGAAUAUUUGUGUGGUGGGUACAUCAUUGUUGAUUAAGUUAAUUAAAACCCUCCAUCCGUGGGACAAGAAUAUUAAAUGUUAUGUUUGUAACUUCAGUAAUGACAUAUUCCAAUGACUAUUAUACUAAUGAUGUACAUGAUUACUUCAACAGUCACAUGAGGACUUGGAAACGAAAAUCGCCUUUAUUGGUCAUUAACGUUUACAAGGUCAAAACUCGACAUAGAUAUGGGAACAAAGUCCCAAAUACCUGGUCGUUCUACUUGCCAUUUUUUUCCUUUUUUUUUUUAAUUCACCACUCCUGGCCCGAGUUUCAGCAACAUUCCUUUACUUAAAGAAUUACCCUAACUUAAAAUCUGCCAGAAUCACCCUUACCUAAAAUCUCCCAGAAUUACCCUAGCUUAAAAUCCCCCAGAAUUACCCUAACAUUAAAAUCUCCCAGAAUUACCCUAAUUUAAAAUCUCCCAGAAUCACCCUUACCUAAAAUCUCCCAGAAUUACCCUAGCUUAAAAUAUCCCAGAAUUACCCUAACCUAAAAUCUCCCAGAAUUACCCUAAUUUAAAAUUCCCCAGGAAUACCCUAACUUAAAAUCUCCCAGAAUUACCCUAACUUAAGAUCUUCCAGGAAUACCCUAACUUAAAAUCUCCCAGGAAUACCCUAACU